GCUUUCUCCGUGUCCUGCUGCAGCGCUCCUCGAAGGUGGGCAACCUUCAGGGUGACAAGAGGGUUCCUGAGCUACUACUGAACGCAGCCCAAGGCAGCCCAGGACAGACCACAGAUUUAAUUCUCCCACUUGGCGACCUUCAGGGUAGAAAGGGGACAGAGCCAUAGCUUGAGUAUGGCCACUGCAGCGUGCGAGCCUGUGGCCAGACCCAGCCUAACCUCCAUUUCGUCCGGGGAGCUGCGCAGCCUGUGGACGUGCGACUGCGAGCUGGCCCUGCUGCCCCUGUCGCAGCUGCUCCGCCUACAGCCUGGUGCCUUCCAACUGCGCGGUGAGCAGCUCCUGGUGCCCGGGCCCGGGGAACCUGCGGCCGCACGGGGAGGCUUCAACGUCUUCGGUGAUGGCCUAGUGCGCCUAGAUGGCCAGCUCUAUCGCCUCAGCAGUUACAUCAAGAGAUACGUGGAAUUGACCAACUACUGUGAUUACAAAGACUACAGGGAAACGAUACUGAGCAAACCCAUGCUGUUCUUUGUUAACGUGCAGACCAAGAAGGACAUCUCAAAAGAAAGGACCUACGCGUUUCUUGUGAACACAAGGCACCCCAAGAUAAGAAGACAGAUAGAGCAAGGGAUGGACAUGGUCAUCUCCUCUGUCAUUGGAGAAAGCUAUAGACUUCAGUUUGAUUUCCAGGAAGUAGUGAGGAAUUUCUUCCCUCCAGGAACCAUCAUGUUGAAUGGGGAGAAUUUGAGUUUCACCUACGAAUUCAAAGCGGAUGCCCUGUUUGAUUUCUUCUACUGGUUUGGGCUCAGCAAUUCCACUGUAAAAGUGCAUGGAAAGGUUCUGAACUUGACCAGUACGAACCCAGAAAAGAAAGAAACAAUUAAGUUAUUCCUGGAAAAAAUGAGUGAACCUCUAAUCCGAAGGAGUAGUUUCUCCGAUCGGAAAUUUAGUGUCACAUCCAGAGGUUCAAUAGAUGAUGUUUUUAACUGCAACCUGUCACCCAGAUCAUCAGUUACAGAACCACUUUUGGCAGAAUUCUCAUUUCCAAGUGUUCUGGAAUCUGAAGAGACAUCCAGCCAAUCUCUCUGACUGGUCUGAACAUUCUGGGUGUUGUCCCAUCGAGGUCUGUGGCAGACAGUGCGUUGAAGGGGGAAGAGGAAACGGGGUGGACGUGUCCAUCCCGUUGCCAGCCUCUGGCCCUCCAAGGUUCUAUAGAGGACACUUUUUCCCAUUUCCCUAGGCACGGUGCCCUGGCAGGCCCAGUGGCUUCCAUCAGGGGUAUGAUGAUGGGAUGGAAGGACUUUGUCUCUAUGGUUUAGGGUGUCAUUGACAUUGAACACUUCUCUGAAGAAUCGGAGGAAUUCUCAGGGGCAAGCACCCAUGAACUUUGCUUAGUACCCUGGCACUCUGGAGACCUUCACGGCAACCUCUGCGAGAGUCACCUGACUGGAAUGUUCACCCGUGAUACUCCCUGGACCCCAGAAUGGUCCUUCCUCUGCCACCAGCAGCCCCAGCAAGCCUCGGGGUUAAGCUUUUCUCUUGCAAAUGUGUUAGGUAAAGCCAGUACCAAUAUCUCUCUGGGAAACAAGUCUGAUGUCCAUUCUGCCAGUGGGAUGAACAUUCAAGAUACUGGCUGCUGAGGAGGCCUCCCUGAAACAUAAAGCCAGGCAGUGUGCCAAUCAACCAGUGACAAGAGAGGCCCUCCUCCCUGCAGCUAACCUGGACCAGUUGGUGUUUGAAAUGUGCUUUAGCAAUCUUAACAUGAGAAGAAAAGCCUGGGGGAACUAAGCCAUUACCACCACGGGAUACUGAACAUCGGGGUGCUCUUCCCCCCGCCCCCCCACAACUCCAGCAGCAUUGACUGAAGGGGAAGGAAAUUAUCCAAUCUACAUAUUUUUGUUUGCAUGAGUGGCUGGACAUGGUGUCUGUAAUUCUAGCACUCGGGGGUGAAGGCAGUAGAAUGAGGAGUUCAAGACCAUCCUUGUCUACAUAGGGAGUUCAAGGCCGACUUGUUAGAUGAAUACAGAAGACUGAUAAAACAAGCCCACAUCAUAGCACAUGUGAAUUCCCACGUAGAUGCAUAAGAAGGCAGAUUUAUGGACCCCUUGUAGCAUCUUUUCCAAACUUUAAGAAAAAUAUUCCCAUCCCACAUGUUUCGAUGGCGACGUUGAUGGCCUGCCAUUUGUACCCGAAAUAUUAUCUAAUACAUAUGCACAAUUAAAACUUUCCUUAGCAUUCAA